AUGGCUACGACACAAAGGGCUAUAAAAAGAUUCAUGCCAGGAAUAUUACUACAAGAAAACAUCCGAAGUGAGAUCAUACGAGAAGGGAGCCGAGUGAAUGAUGUGAUCACAGAUUACCGGAAGCACAAGUUCUGCAGUUGCCAAGUGAAAUAUUCCUCCGCCUGGCGUAAGAAAGUUUUCGACAUCAUUCACGGACUUUCUCACCCAGAUACUAAAGCCACACGGCGGCUGCUGUCAAGCAAAUUUAUCUGGCACGGGGACUGGACCAGGUCCUGCAGCGCCUAUCAACAAGCCAAGGUCCAUCAACACACCAAAGCACCCUUCGGCAACUAUGAACCACUUCAGGCCCGAUUCAGCCAUGUCAAGAUCGACCUUGUCGGUCCUGAACCACCUUCACAGGGUUGUUCGUAUCUAUUGACCUUGGUAGACCGCUACACCCGUUGGCCUGAAGCUAUCCCUCUCCGCAGCACAGAAACACAAGAAGUCAGCCGAGCCUUCAUCGCAGACUGGGUCGCCCGUUUCAGUAUCCCAGAUAGCAUCUCAUCCGAUGGAGUCCACAAUUCACCUCGAGGCUGUGGAAUAACAUGUGUGACCUUUUCGAAAGGAUUAAUGGAAAGAUUUCACCGCCGCUUGAAGGAAUCCCUGACAACCAGACUUAACGGGCCAAAUUAG